CCCGCUUCCACUCUCCCCUACCAUUCCAACACCCAGCCAUGUCCCCAGAGUCCACCCCCGUCCCAUCCUCGGAUAACGCACCCGCCUCCAAGGGCAGCAAGGGAGGCCCCAAGGGCAAGAAGGCCGCCCAGGGGGUUGAGGUGCACAAGUUUAAGAUUGGGGAUAUCGUACUUGCCCGUUUGAGGGGGUACCCGCCUUGGCCUGCUAGAAUCGCCGACCCCGAAACUCUGCCCCGCAACGUACUGAAGCAGAGACCAGGCAAGAGCCCCGCCAUCUUCUGCACCCAAUUCUUCCCCGCCGGUGACUUCGCCUGGCUCGCAAGCAAAGACAUCAAACCCCUCCCCUCCUCCGACAUAACAUCCUUCCUCUCCCAAUCCCACCGCAAAUCCGCCGGCGCCCUCCGCGUAGCCUACUCUACAGCGCAAGAUCCUUCCGAAUGGGAUGAACAGCAAGAAGCCGCGCGCCGCCAGGAAGAGGCGGAGGAGGAGGAAGUGGAUGAGCUGGAAGAUGAAGAGGAGGAGAAGGUGAAGGGGGGAAAGAGGAAGAGGAAGGAGGAGAAGGAGGUUGUGGGUGGGAAGAAGGCGGUGGGGAAGAAGGGGAAGAAGGAGGAGGAGCCGAAGAGCAAGAAGGCGAAGGCGGCACCGACGAAGGGGAAGGCGGAGCAGAAGGAAGAGGCGGAGAAGAAGAAGGAAGGGGAGGAUGAUCCAGUUAGUCUAAAGGUGAAGGGUUGGAGACAUGUGUUGCAAAAGGCGUUCUUGGGAAACAGUAUGCCGAGUGCCGAGUCGAUCCACUCGUUUGAUGAGACGUUCCGGGAGAUUGAAAACUACGAGGAAAUGACAAUCGAGGCCCUCCAGUUUUCCAAGAUCGGCAAAGUCAUGCGCAAGAUGGUAUCUCUGAAAAAUAUUCCCGAGAACGACAAGUACAAAUUCACCGACCGCGCCGGCGCUCUGAUGAACAAGUGGCAGUCAUACAUCAACAUAUCCAACCCCCCCGCUUCUGGUGCUGCUUCCCAGUCGCCGGUAUCUAAGAAGGCUGGGAAGGAGGAUAAGCCUGUUUCAAAGAAGGCUGAGGAGGAGAAGAAGGAAGAUGUGAAUGGGGAGAAGAAGGAAGAGGAGACGAAGGAGGCUGUUGAGACGACGGAGGCCACUCCUGCACCCGCUGCUGAGCCGACUUCUGCCUCCGAACCUGCGCCAGCAUCCCCCGCACCCGCACCCGCAGCUCCCUCGACAGAAGACUCCGCCCCCGCUCCCGCUCCCGCCGCCGAGCCCGCUUCCGAGUCUGUAACUGAGGCUGCAGCCGAACCCACCAAGCCCGCCACCUCCGAGCCCGUCGCCGAGCCUGCUGUGGAGACUACCACCACCACCGAGGAGGCCAAGCCUAAUGGGGAGGAUGUGCCCGCUGAGGAGCCUAUGCAGGUGGACGCUUAAGUGUCUUCAUCUGUUGUUGUGGUGUGAGGGGGCAAGUAUAAUGAGGAAGGCGUAGAAACGUUGAAGAGGCGCGAGGUCUUGGUGUAACUUGUUCCUUUUCUUCUUUCGCAAAAAGUAAACAAAUCUCUUUCUGUUAUUCCACCUGAACUUUUAGUCAUCUUUUCGUUCCAUUGUUCUAGUGAUUUCAUUAGCCCACUAGUAUGGGGAUCUGUUUGCCUCACAAAGUAUCGUACAGUAUCAUCUUUUCCUUCUUUCUACGCUUCCCAGUUUCUUUCUUGGUCAAGCUAAACAUUUUUCCAAUUUUUGGAAGCUCUUUUGACUAACACAAGAAGAAUGUACAACGUUCCUGUUGCUGCUUUUGGUGGUUGGGUUCCCGCCAUUUACUUGGAGUAAUCAAAAACUACAAACAUCAUGUCUGUAUGGUACCGACGUCAAAUACAAGACGGAUGCCACAUUAUGUCUCAAACUCGACAUCAUUGGGGGCCAUAUCUUGGCGAUCAACGGUCAUCCCAUAUUCCUCCAUGAUAUUGACUGGUAUCCCACCCAACAAGACACGAUCGAAUAUAGAUGCCCGCAUGGAUUUCGCGGUCAGCGCGUCGUAGCACAUGACCGCACCCACGGGGCUCCCCGCUUUCGGACGUUUUUCCUGAGAACGCAAUGAGGAGUGACAUCAUGAUGCGUGCGCGCGCUUGAGUGGGUUGGUGGGUGUCGCCGUUGCAAGCGGCUCUGGACGAACUGCCCAAAAUAGCGAUAUGAGCGGGGAGGGACGAUCUUCCGGACCGGGUCGCUGUCCAGACUUCAUCCAGAACUCCAGACGUCAGCUUUACCAGAAGAGGAAAGAAGCACAACCACUUCUUCCCCUCGGAGGGCCGGAGAUCCCCGCCAUUUCUCCUCUUUGGGCGAGAUGCCGGCAAAGCGGAUUCCCAGAAGAGGCCGGACGCUGCGACGCUGGCUUGAUGUGGCGAGCGAGUCUGCUUAUAGUUUCAUCCGAGUCCACCGAUCCACAAAAUGACAUCAGUAGAUCAUGCCACCAUCCUAACCUACCCA